AUGAGAGUAGAAACACCACAUAAAGAGAUCAAAGGAGAAAAACUUAGGUUGCCUGGUUGCUAUUUAACUUCAGAAUGCUGUGAAAAGAUCUCAGCUGUCCUUACUUGUAAUAAAAAUCUAAAGACCCUGAAACUUGGCAACAAUAACAUACAAGACACUGGUGUCAAACGGUUAUGUGAAGCUCUGUGUCAUCCUAAAUGUAAAUUGCAGUGUCUUGGGUUAGACAUGUGUGAGUUCAGCAGUGACUGUUGUAAAGACCUGGCAUUGGCUCUUAUCACUUGCAACACAUUGAAGAGCUUAAAUCUGGACUGGAAUGCCUUGCAUCACUCUGGGCUGGUGAUGCUCUGUGAGGCUCUGAACCACAAACACUGUAAACUGAAUAUGCUUGGACUGGACAAAUCUGUAUUUUCUGAGGAAUCACAGACAUUACUGCAAGCUGUGGAAAAGAAAAAUAACAAUCUGAAUGUUUUGCAUUUUCCCUGGGUUGAAGAGGAACGUGAAAAGAGGGGUGUUCGUCCGGUAUGGCACAGCAAGAAUUGAUCUGUGACAAAGGCUUAUCCUCUAUUAUGUUUCUCCCAUAUACCCUGUCCCAAGUUGCACACCAUGGUAGUGGUGGCUGUUUCCAGGGCUGUUCUUCCACAUUGUCCCACCCCCACCCUUCUUUAUAUCUCCCCAUACCACUUUGCAAUGUUUAUAUUACAAGCACAUUCAAUAAACACGAAGCGUGUUUG